AUGUGCAAGGGACAGGAGGAGGACAUCACGCCAGCAUUCGCUUUUUCAAGUGUGUCAGCGGACCUAAACUUCUUGUUUGAGAAUGCGACAGGGCUCACGGUGCUGCACAAUCAGGGGGACGUGGAACUCCCCAGCAGGCUCGUGAACAGCUUGUGGGUCUCCCUCGUUUUCGCUGGUGUAUCAUGGUACCUCCAGACGUUCGAUGCCGCAGGGCUGCGCAAACGCCUUUCCAAACGUGGCCUCAGCACAGGCUCCGUCAAGGCCUGGUGCACUGUCAUCGAGGAUCUCCCAGCCGUCGUCCUUUCCCUUUUGGUUUCCAUGUGGGGCGCGGAUGGAGCCUUCACCUACAACGGGAACUUCGGGGCAGUAGCCAUGGCGAACAUCGUCACGGCGGGCUUCUCUGCGCUGAUCACGUUGGCCGAGGCGUGGGAAGAGCGGCGCAACCUUUUCGUCAAUUACAAGGGCGAUGAGGUGAGCCUGAACGGCAAAUGUCUCGGCGACGCGGCGGUCGCAAGAGUUGCCGAGAGACUGUGCCAAAACACGACGGUGAAGACGCUGGCCUUGCGUUAA